GGACAAAGCAUUUAGAGAUGUGGAGCGUCUUUGCGUUUGCAACAGCCAUGAAGCUAUUUUCCCUUCUCUUGAUCGCCAGUCUAACGGCCCUGGCACUUGGCCACGGCUAUAUAAAAAAUCCCGCAGCGAGAAAUGUGUGUAGGAAAUAUGGAUUUGAUAAAUGCCCCCGUGAGUAUACCCCGGACGAAAAGAACUGUGGGGGAAUUGGUACUCAGUGGGACAAGAACGGUGGAAAGUGUGGUGUGUGUGGCGAUCGGUAUGAUAACCCUAAACCAACCCUUGUCUAUCCGGGUAAAUUCGCCACAGGCACCAUCACGGGGAUUUACAAAGAAGGACAACUGUUUGAGCUCGAGCUGCACAUCACCGUGAGCCACAAGGGGUGGUCGGAGUUCCGCGUGGGAGAUAUCGGGGCCCCGCCCAUCACACAAGCCAAACUGAACCAUCUCCUGAAAUUAGAGGACGGCACCACUCGAUGGAUGCACCCUGGGAAAAUAGGACUUUACAAGAUAAUGCUGCAGCUUCCCGCUGGACUCAAGUGUCGACACUGCGUGCUCCAAUGGUGGUGGAGAACCGGUAACAGCUGGGGCUGCGAUAGCGAUGGCUGUGGUAUGGGACACGGACCACAAGAGCAUUUCGUCAACUGCGCAGACAUCACUAUCAAACCGAGAAGCGGACCCCUCCCACCAACAGCAGCCCCUCCACCACCACCUACCACGGGUGCUCCUCCACCAACUCCUGUGACCAACAAACCUCCCCCACCCCGUCCUGCUACCACCCAAGCCCCACCCCCUACCGCGGCACCUGGGUCCUGCAAGGCGGUCAAUGCUUGGGCGGGGCAAGCUAACAUGGACGACUGGUGUAAUAGCAACUGCGCAGCGGGGUACUGCCCCGAUUACAUGUGUUCAUGUCUCUAGACCCGCAUGACGCUGUGUAACACACUUGGCUAUUAAAAGUUACAAUGUUGAUGUA